ACAGCUGCCAGAGGCUCAAAAACAAAUCGAUCAAAAUAUGGUCGAUGAUAAUGAAAUCAAUACAGAGAAAAAUCUAGAUAACGAUGGCGGCGGCGGUGGUGGUGGUAAUAUAUAUGUGGGUGAAAUAGGACACGGGUUCGUGUCGGGUGGCAUAUCAGCAACAUAUCGUAGUACAAUACUGCGUAAAUGGUAUUCAGCGCCAACGGUAAAAGAACACAAAGGCAAACCGGGUGAAAUGGGUAAACCCGUUAAAAUACCACCAGAAAUGAAAGAGUUAACAAAAGAGAAAUUCAAAGAGAAUCAAUUUAAUUUGGUAGCUAGUGAUAUGAUCUCACUCAAUCGUUCACUUACCGAUGUGAGACAUGAAAACUGUAAAAAGAAACAUUAUCCCUCAAAACUGCCAACCACCUCAAUAGUUAUAGUAUUUCAUAAUGAAGCCUGGACUACGCUAUUGCGUACAGUAUGGAGUGUUAUAAAUCGUUCACCACGCUCCCUUUUAAAAGAAAUUAUCUUAGUCGAUGAUGCUAGUGAAAGAGAUUAUCUUGGUAAAAAAUUAGAAGACUAUGUUGCCACUCUACCCGUACAUACAUUCGUUUUACGUACUCAAAAACGUUCUGGUUUAAUACGUGCUCGUUUAUUAGGUGCUGAACAUGUGACGGGUGAAGUAAUAACAUUCCUCGAUGCCCAUUGCGAAUGUACAGAAGGUUGGCUGGAACCAUUAUUAGCACGUAUUGUACAAAAUCGUCGCACUGUUGUAUGUCCCAUUAUUGAUGUUAUAUCCGAUGAAACAUUUGAAUAUAUAACAGCAUCUGAUUCCACAUGGGGUGGUUUCAAUUGGAAAUUAAACUUUAGAUGGUAUCGUGUUCCUCAACGUGAAAUGGAGCGUCGUAAUAAUGAUCGUACGUCUCCAUUGCGUACACCCACCAUGGCUGGUGGUCUAUUUUCCAUAGAUAAAGACUAUUUUUAUGAAAUCGGUUCCUACGAUGAAGGCAUGGAUAUCUGGGGCGGUGAAAAUUUAGAAAUGUCCUUUAGGAUUUGGCAAUGUGGCGGCAUUUUAGAAAUUAUACCAUGUUCCCAUGUGGGUCAUGUUUUCCGCGAUAAAUCCCCUUAUACGUUCCCCGGUGGUGUUGCCAAAAUUGUACUGCAUAAUGCAGCACGUGUGGCCGAAGUCUGGCUGGAUGAAUGGCGCGAUUUUUAUUAUGCCAUGAGCACAGGUGCUCGUAAAGCUUCCGCUGGCGAUGUAAGUGAACGUAAAGCCUUACGUGAUCGUCUUAAAUGUAAAUCUUUCCGUUGGUAUUUGGAAAAUAUUUAUCCGGAAAGUUUAAUGCCAUUGGACUAUUAUUAUUUGGGUGAAAUACGCAAUGCCGAAACGGAGACCUGUUUAGAUACAAUGGGUCGUAAAUAUGGUGAAAAGAUUGGUGUAAGCUAUUGUCACGGCUUGGGCGGCAAUCAAGUGUUUGCCUAUACCAAGCGACAACAAAUCAUGUCCGAUGAUUUGUGUUUAGAUGCCUCUGCUGCUCUGGGGCCGGUGAAUAUGGUGCGUUGUCAUAAUAUGGGCGGUAAUCAGGAAUGGGUAUAUGAUGCAGAGGAUAAAUCCAUACGACACACAAACACUGGCAAUUGUUUGCAAAGACCCUCACGUGAAGAUCCCACAACACCUUUGUUACGUCCUUGUGACUUUAGUCAGGGCCAACAAUGGCUAAUGGAAUCGAAAUUUAAAUGGCAAGCUCAUUAGUUGUAAUUGUUAUUGAAGUUUUAUAAAACUUUAGUUAGUUUAUUAUUUUUUAGAAAUUGUUUAAAUUUUUU